AAAUGCGACUAUUGUGGAAGCACCUUUGGGCGCCAGGAGCAUCUCACUCGGCAUAAGCGAUCGCACACUAGAGAAAAGCCUUUUUCAUGCUCGGCAUGCGGCAAGAGCUUCUCCCGAUUGGAUGUUCUCACUCGUCAUGCGGCCUCUCAUGAUGAGGUCGCAAAUGAGUCUCGGCGGCCCGUGGCAUCUUCCAGGGCAUGUCAGGCAUGCGCUGUGAGCCGUUCGCGAUGCUCAAAAGAGAGCCCCUGCCGUCGCUGCACAGGUAAAGGUCUCGAGUGCAAAUACCCAGCUGGCCGCCGCCGAGGUCCUCGUGCAGCGUUACGGUCUCCGGACGAGAGUGCUCCUCCCAGAGGUAGACUUGAUAGCCAGGGAGAGGUCAUGGAGUAUUCCGAUCCAGUGCAAGUUCCACAACCUCCAGGGAUGACCGAGAUACCAUUCUCGACCCCGAAUCAUGCGCCAGAAAGGCGCGCAGUCGAAACCUCGUGGACUCUUCCGCAAGUCACAGGAGACAACGGUCAACAUUUUCAAGUCAACAACUGCGAAGUAGGUUACGGGAUGAAUCCCAUGAACAACUUUAUCCAGAACGAGGAAUUUCCCGAGCAAUCUGCUGGUAUUUCGGCCAUCAAUUGGCUUUCUCCUCAGUACUACUCAGAUUUUGAUUGGGGCAUCAUGUCUUCUGUAAACGAGAGAGAAGCUUUUCCAGCCAACCUGGACGGUGUGCAAACCGUCAUGAAUGCCUAUGAGGCCGUACGACAAGGGCCUUGGCUGAACCUCCUCAACAGUCAGCCAGUCCAGGCUUCGAAUGCCGCACUUCCACCAGCAUCAGCACAACAGCUCAAUCCAUCAGGAACGACGCCCAGGAGUAGACCGAACGGAAGUACGACUGGAUCCGUAGAAUCGUCAUCAACCACAGCGACUUACUAUGUCGAUGGUGCUCCAUCUAGAGCACCUUUCAAGGGUCGCCCGUCACAAAGAAGUCUAGUCUUGGAUAACUUGAACACAGCGCGGCCCGAAGAUGACACUCCGACUCCUAGCACAGCGGCUCUAGGCACCCCGAAGGAUUCUGAUGAAGCGACAGGGCUUGAUCUAUCUGUGCAGGCCUACGAUAACCUUCUACAACAUAUCAACACUGAACCUUUUCUUCAAGGCCGUAGCGCGACACCACUUCCAUCAAUAGCACACGCUCGAGUUUAUUUCCGAUUGUACUUUCAACAUUUCCACCCCGCUUAUAACUUCCUACAGAAAUCGACCGAUUUCUAUCAUGAGCCAGCAAAUUGGCCACUUCUGUUGGCAGUCUGCGCGAUUGGCUCAGUUUACUCCCGUGGCGAGGUCAAUCUCUGUUUCAGGGACCUAUUUCUUGAACUUUUGGAAAGCGCGGUACGAUUUUACAUCUCAACAGGCGCCCUGGAUGAUGCGGCAGGCUCAUGUCAAGUGUCACUGGCAAGCCCUGGGGAAGAUUCAGUAGGUCUAGUCAUUGCUCAAACGUCUACCCUCUGGUUGAUACACAACCUGCACAAUGGUGUCUUCGGCGAUCGCUACGAUCUGGCAUUCCUAGUACGGCACUUCUUGAUCAAUGCCUGUCGAAAGAUGGAUCUGCUGGGUAAACGUGAGGAUACGCAACAAGUAGCGCAAUACGUAGAUGGACCACAUGCCCUCACAAGAUGGCUGGAGAGGGAGGCCAGACUAAGAACUGGCCUCAUGAUAUGGAUUCUUGAUGCUAUUGUAUUCCUGGAGAGGGGUCAAGAUGUAUUACUCAAAUUGGGCGAUGCAAAAGGCCAGAUGCCGUGCCUUGAUUCUAUCUGGGACCAGCCUACUGCAAAGAAACUGGGGCAGCUGCAGUCUAAGCCAGGUGAACCCGCAGUCACUUUACCUGAGGCCAUGGAAAUGCUCUACAUGGAGAAGAGACUGCCACCGAACCUGGCUGACUUCAGCACCAUGGUGCUCACGUACGCCAUCAUCAGGCGUACCAAGGAAGCGAUAUACCACAACCAGAUCAGGCUCAACUCAUGGACACCGACAGCCGACGUCCAGAAGUGCGGUCCUGGUGAUACCGCCGAGGAGACUUGGCCCCCGUCGCUGCCUAUCCUAUCGAGAUGGCGGAACAGUGCCUGCGACUCCCUCGACCUCCUCCACUGGAACGCUAACGCGAUCAUCGCCAAAGCGGGUGGAUGGGAGCAUCCCGUCAUCUUACAUCUCCACCUAUCUCGCCUCGUACUUCUCGCUCCUAUAACACACUUACAAACACUAGCCGCUGCCGCCUCGGCGCGAGCAUCCUCCCGCAACGUUGACAACUCCAAAGUUGAAAAGGCGAGAUCUCUCGUCACCCAGUGGGCUCUGCGUGACCAGUACAAGGCCAGACUAUCGGUCGUUCAUGCAGGCGCAAUGCUUUGGCACAUCCGUCGCUACAGCGUUGGCAACUUUCUGGAGCCCUUUGGCAUAUUCACUGCAACAUUGGUGGUUUGGGCGUACAGCACGAUGAUGCUGUUCAUGAAGCGGCAUCAGAACCCGAGCUCUCACUUGGCCAGCGACGGCCCCGGCCAGCAACAUAGCCCGAUGGAGGCAGUGGCAGAAGUUGAAGAGGACCCAGAGCCUAGCUUCCUCCACCUCGACCGGCCAUGUGACGACGAGAUGGUGCAGACUUAUGUGAGGCUAGGCCAUAAGAUGGCGGGCCACAUGGCCAAGGUGGGUGAUAUCUGCAAUGAUGGGGCUCCUCGAAAGAUUCUCAAAGAAGGGAUGCAGAUGCUC